UGACAAAGAACAACGUUUUUAUGCCAUCAAGCUUCUGUGAACCCUCUGCAGGCAAUUCAGACUCAGAACCAGAGGAGAAGAGCAGUGGAUUCAGGCUGAAGCCACCAACACUUAUCCAUGGCCAGGCACCCAGUGCAGGUCUGCCCAGCCAGAAGCCGAAGGAGCAGCAGCGCAGCGUGCUACGCCCAGCAGUGCUGCAGGCCCCACAGCCCAAGGCCUUCUCACAGAUGGUUCUCAGCAGUGGCACCAAUGGUGUAAAUAUCCUGCCAGAUUCUGCAGCCACCUCGGAAUCACUAAGUAAUGCAGCACUGAAAAGUUCUGACUCUGAAGACAAGGCAGGAGAAUGUCAGAAAAAAGAGUCCAACAAUACUUCAGAUGAUGACAGCUCUGAGAAGGCAGAACUAAAUGCACAGCAAGCAUUUGUAUUUGGGCAAAACUUAAGAGAUAGAGUGAAGCUAGGAGAUGAAAGUGAUGAAGCUGCUGAUGUCCAGAAUGCUGGUCUUCCUCCAUCAGACACACCUUCUGCAACUAAUUACUUCCUACAGUACAUCAGUUCCAGUGUAGAGAACUCUACAAACAGUGCAGAUGCAUCUAGCAACAAGUUUGUUUUUGGACAGAACAUGAGUGAGCGAGUCCUAAGUCCACCAAAAUCAAAUGAAGGGAGUGCAGAGAGUAAUAAGGAGAAUGCUGCUACAGAGUCUGGUUCUGAAUCAUCUUCUCAGGAAGCCACACCAGAGAAAGCUAAUAAUAUUUCAGAGUCACUGGCAGAGUCUGCAGCAGCCUAUACUAAAGCAACAGCAAGGAAGUGUUUAUUGGCAAAGGUGGAAGUGAUCACUGGGGAGGAAGCUGAAAGUAACGUGUUACAGAUUCAGUGCAAGCUGUUUGUAUUUGAUAAAACCUCUCAGUCUUGGGUGGAAAGAGGUCGAGGACUUCUGAGACUCAAUGACAUGGCCUCAACAGAUGAUGGAACAUUACAGUCUCGGCUGGUGAUGAGGACUCAGGGGAGUCUCAGAUUAAUCCUGAACACCAAGCUCUGGGCUCAGAUGCAGAUUGAUAAAGCCAGUGAGAAGAGCAUCCGCAUCACGGCCAUGGAUACAGAGGACCAGGGAGUUAAAGUCUUUCUUAUAUCA